CACACCCCAUUCUGCUCUCAGCCUCCAGAGCUCUUCCUUCAGUUUCUGUGCUUGCCCAGCCGGUGUUGUUUCUUGUCGUCCUCCACUUGCCUGUCCAAAAUGUCUGUUCUCAUAAACAAAAAAAGCUACAGGAGCACCUCCUCCACUGCCCCUCGCUCCUUCAGCAGCCUUUCUUACACAGCGGGGCCUGUGGGCAGCACCAAAAUCAGCUCGUCCUUCUCCAGCUAUGGUGGGAGCCGAUUCGGAGCAGGCAGCUUCCGAGGACCAUCCAUGGGCUAUGGAGCUGGUGCUGGAGGCAGCAUCACUGCUGUCAAUGUCAACCAGAGCCUGCUGGCACCCCUUAACCUGGAGAUCGACCCCAGCAUCCACCAUGUGCGGACACAGGAGAAGGAGCAGAUCAAGACUCUCAACAACAAAUUUGCCUCCUUCAUUGACAAGGUCCGUUUCCUGGAACAGCAGAAUAAGAUGCUGGAGACCAAGUGGGACCUGCUGCAGGGCCAGAAGACCACACGCAGCAACAUCAACAGCCUGUUCGAGGCCUACAUCAGCAACCUGCGCAGGCAGCUGGACGGCCUGGGCCAAGAGAAAAUGAAGCUGGAGUCUGAGCUAGGCAACAUGCAGGGCCUGGUGGAGGACUUCAAGAAUAAGUAUGAGGAUGAAAUCAACCGUCGCACUGAGAAGGAGAAUGAGUUUGUCCUGCUAAAGAAGGAUGUGGAUGAGGCCUACAUGAACAAGGUGGAGCUGGAGUCCCGGCUGGAAAGCCUAACUGACGAGAUCAACUUCCUGAGGCAUCUGUAUGAUGAGGAGCUGCGUGAGCUGCAGUCCCAGAUCAAUGACACCUCUGUGGUCCUGACCAUUGACAACAACCGCAAGCUGGACCUGGAUGGCAUCAUCGCAGAGGUCAGAGCGCAGUAUGAGGAGGUUGCCAACAAGAGCCGGGCAGAAGCCGAGAACAUGUAUAAAAUCAAGUAUGAGGAGAUCAAAGAAGUGGCGGGGAAGCAUGGAGAUGACCUUCGCAACACCAAGACUGAGAUCAAUGAGCUCAACAGGAUGAUCCACCGGCUACAGUCAGAGAUCGAUGCUCUGAAAGGCCAGCGGGCCAGCUUGGAGGCAGCUAUUGCUGAAGCGGAGGAGCGUGGCGAGAUGGCUGUCAAAGAUGCCAAGGCCAAGCUGGCUGAGCUGGAGGCUGCCCUGCAAAGGGCCAAGCAGGACAUGGCUCGCCAGCUGCGGGAGUACCAGGAGUUGAUGACUGUCAAGCUGGCCCUAGAUAUCGAGAUUGCCACCUACAGGAAGCUGCUGGAAGGAGAGGAAAGCAGGCUGGACUCUGGAAUGCAAAAGAUGAGUAUUCAGACCACGAAGAGCAGUUAUUCGGGUGGGCUUGGCAGUGCAUAUAGUAGCUAUGGGGGAGGAUACAACAGCUCCUAUUCAAGCAGCGGCUACUCCAUGAAUUCCCCCACGCUGGAGAGUGCUGCUGUCAGCAAGUCAAAGACCGUGGUGAUCAAGAAAAUAGAGACCAGGGAUGGGAGGCUGGUGUCGGAGACUUCAGACAUCCUGUCCAACUGAGUGGCCACUGGAUGAGCCUCCAUAGCUUAUAUGUGCCUUAAGAGAUGAGUCUUUCCUAAUCAGCAGAGCUACUAGGAUGCUGGGGGAGACUGGGACAAGGGCAGAAACUCAGGAUCCCCCACCCCAAACCUAGCAGUGUUUGCAAAUUCUCUUGUGCUAAUAAAUAGAUGAGCCGUCCAAGGCCCCCAUGGCU